CCAGGGGCUUGGGUGGCAUCCUGGGCAGGGCAGGACAGGGGGCUGAGCCGUGGGUAGGGGAGAAUGCGACUCUCUAAAACCCUCGUCGACAUGGAUAUGGCUGACUACAGUGCCGCCCUGGACCCAGCCUACACCACCCUGGAGUUUGAAAAUGUGCAGGUGUUGGCCAUGGGCAAUGACACAUCCCCGUCUGAAGGUGCCAACCUCAACUCAUCCAACAGCUUGGGUGUCAGUGCCCUGUGUGCCAUCUGUGGAGACCGGGCCACGGGCAAACAUUACGGAGCCUCGAGCUGUGACGGCUGCAAGGGAUUCUUCAGGAGGAGUGUGAGGAAGAACCACAUGUACUCCUGCAGGUUUAGCCGGCAGUGUGUAGUGGACAAAGAUAAGAGGAACCAGUGCCGCUACUGCAGACUCAAGAAGUGCUUCCGGGCUGGCAUGAAGAAGGAAGCCGUCCAAAAUGAACGGGACCGGAUCAGCACGCGGAGGUCAAGCUACGAAGACAGCAGCCUGCCGUCCAUCAAUGCGCUCCUGCAGGCGGAGGUCCUGUCUCAGCAGAUCACCUCUCCCAUCUCUGGGAUCAAUGGCGACAUUCGGGCCAAGAAGAUCGCCAACAUUACAGACGUGUGUGAGUCCAUGAAGGAACAGCUGCUGGUUCUGGUCGAGUGGGCCAAGUACAUCCCAGCCUUCUGUGAGCUCCUUCUGGAUGACCAGGUGGCCCUGCUCAGAGCCCAUGCCGGUGAGCAUCUACUGCUCGGAGCCACCAAGAGAUCCAUGGUGUUCAAGGACGUGCUGCUUCUAGGCAAUGACUACAUCGUCCCUCGGCACUGCCCGGAGCUAGCAGAGAUGAGCCGAGUGUCCGUUCGCAUCCUCGAUGAGCUGGUCCUGCCCUUCCAGGAGCUGCAGAUCGAUGACAAUGAGUAUGCCUGCCUCAAAGCCAUCAUCUUCUUCGACCCAGAUGCCAAGGGGCUAAGUGACCCGGGCAAGAUCAAGCGGCUGAGGUCGCAGGUACAGGUGAGCCUGGAGGACUACAUCAACGACCGCCAGUACGACUCUCGGGGCCGGUUUGGUGAACUUCUGCUACUGUUGCCGACCCUGCAGAGCAUCACCUGGCAGAUGAUCGAACAGAUCCAGUUCAUCAAGCUCUUUGGCAUGGCCAAGAUCGACAACCUGCUGCAAGAGAUGCUGCUAGGAGGGUCUGCCAGCGAUGCACCCCAUGCCCACCAUCCCCUGCACCCUCACCUGAUGCAGGAACACAUGGGCACCAAUGUCAUAGUUGCCAACACGAUGCCCUCUCACCUCAGCAAUGGACAGAUGUGUGAGUGGCCCCGACCCAGGGGGCAGGCAGCCACUCCUGAGACCCCGCAGCCAUCACCACCCAGUGGCUCGGGGUCUGAACCCUACAAGCUCCUGCCAGGAGCCAUUGCCACCAUCGUCAAGCCUCCCUCUGCCAUUCCCCAACCAACAAUCACCAAGCAAGAAGUCAUCUAGCAAGCCGCUGGGGGUCGGGGGUUCUGCUGGCUCACGUGCAACUUAAGUCACCGCAAAGAAGACGUGACAAGAGGGCCAGUCCCAGAGCAGCCAUGGAAAGGGCGCGGGGGCCAGAAACACGGGCUGAGUGCACACGCAUCGCCACCCCUGACCCCACACCUUGGAGGGCAGGGCUUUGCCUUGAGGAGACCCUGGCUGGGAAGGUUUCCAAUGCCUGGACUAUUUUUCCCAAGUUGAAGCCACUGUCUUCAUCUUUAUCCGUAUCUUCCCUCAGCUUCUUCGCCCCUGAAGGAUGACUGUCUGCAGUCGCUGCAGGACCUUGUUCAAACACAACUCCCUUCUCCUCCCCCUGCUGGGGCCUCUUCCUUCCUGGUGCUGGUUAGGGGGUCUGGAUACAAAGCUUCUGAGGCUGAGGCAGCUUGUAGUGUGUUACUCCCCUCUUCUGCUGUGACGAUCUGAUCUCAGGUGACCCUCUAUCCCAUCCUCCAUUGUUCUCUUCCUCGGCCAUUCUGACUUCUCCAAAGCCGCCUCCCGGAGGCUGAGGAAGAUGUGGCAACCAUUUCCCCAUUCAUUCUGAGAACCUUCUGUAAGCACUGACUCAGGUGAGACAGAGGGUAGGUAGGAGUCAUCAUCCCCCCUCUGCCAACACCACCAUGAUUCUUCCCUCCAGCACUAGGCUGUAACGUUGGAGCGAUAAGCCUUAUGGUUCUGUACAGCAGAGAGUCAUCCAAGGGUGACAAUCGCAACAGAAUGUGGAGAGAGGUUGGGAGCCAUGGGGAGGCAUCUAGAAAGAGGCAAGCUCUGCCUCUCCUUUGACAGGGAAGGUGGGCUUCUGGCUAGCACAGCAGAUGACACAGACCAGUUUGCAGGAGGCGAGCCCGAACAGAGGCCCGGAAGCAAGGAACAGCACGUGAGUGAGACAAUUAAGAAAUCAGUUUCCAAGAAGUUGAGAUAGGGCACACAUUGGGGACCUUGGAACCUUGAGUGCUAGACUGAAGUUGGGAGUAGCUGCAGUGUGGGCCUGUCAGAAGAUGAAGACAGCAUCCUUCAGAGGUCGGACUGCUGAGAGGGAGCUAGGAGGCCAGAGUAGGAGUGAGACAAAGGGAUGGGUCAGAGUUCUCCCCAGGGCGUGUCAAGCUCUUCUGUACUCGCGGAUGACACGUAGGCAUUCGACAUCCACCAUCUCAUAGAAUCUUUAGAAGGUGAAAGUAGAGGAUCUUAAAGGCCUCAUAGGAAGCUCUUGUCUCCCCUGUGAUGGAAGUCAGAGAUUUCCUCAUCCUUUACUGGUGUCCACUCUAGAGGCUUGCUCUUUCCAUAACUGGCCAGCUAGAGGGUGUUCUCAAGGCCUUGGGAUGUCAAGAAUCCUCUUUGCUGAGAAGAGAAGUGGAUUCAUGACUCCGGGCCUCUUUUUCCUCUCCUCUCCCCGAGUGUGAGUAAGGAGCAGCAAGGGUGUGCUUCCUAGAAGGACAGGCCUAGUCUGGCCAUCUAGGGCUGAGAUGGUGUGGGUGAGGGGCAGGAGAGGGAUAAGGAAGCCUGGGUCAGGCUUGCUUGAGGAGCUACAUUCAGGGCACAUUCUGGAACUGCUAAUCCCCACCAGUCAGCGUUUAGCCCCUGCCUGACUCUUGAUGGCUAUGAGUGGCCCCUACAAAGUGCCACUGACCAAUGGGAAUAAAAGGAAUGUUUCCACGACUGGAGGUGUGAUAAAUGGGAGGAAUGGACUAAGAGACUGAAUACCACAGUCCAUCAAGGCUGACCCUUCUGAAUGGGUGGAUCUAGCACCCCAGUGUCCAGAAAUGCCAGCUUUAGUGCCAGGUCCUCUGCAAAAGGGUAUGGAGGAGUCCAAGGACACCUACUUAAAGAAAAAGAUACCCACAGUCCAGGAUGGUCAGGAUGAGUUGUCCUUAAUCCCUCAAGCCAAGCCCUGGGUCUCUGGAUAGACUUUUCCAUGCUCAGAGCCCUCAAACCUUUCUUGGCCAUCCUCACUCCAGUGCUCCCAGGAAUUCCAGAAAGAUUGUUCAAACUGCUUUGCAUGAAACAGGGCAGCUGGACUCCUUCUGGACGUUGUCUUACCCACUCUUUGUCCCUCCAUCCCCAGUGAUGUUCAUGAGAGGAGUAGGUAUGUUGGCUUUCAGUGGUAGCAGUCUCCUGGAGCAGGGCUCAGUCAUUGCCCCAAUCCAUCCUUUCCGAAGAAGAAAUCCAUUCCGCAUUAAUAACUAUUACAAUAUGGGAAAUGUGAAAUAAGAAAAGUUUACUCUUCUGACUAUAAGCUGAGGACACUAUGUUGGAGUUUUUUUUUCUUCUGAGUUUUGGUCCUAAUACAUAAUAUGAUGGACUAAGUACAAGCUGGAGACAGAUAAGGGUGGGUACUACAGUUUUUUCCUGAGACCACCCUCCUUUCUUCAGGGAACUCUCAGAAUCUUCCAGAAUUCAGGAGGCUUUCCUGAGAGUGGACACAAGAGAAGGGAGGAUCAGAAGUGACAGUCCUCUGUUUCUUGUGAUAACCACCCCAGUUGCCUUUGCUAGAACUCUGUUACCUGCCCUGGUAAAUAGGAAUCAUGAACUUCACACCAAGCAUUCAUAAGGCAGGCUGUACCCCAUCAGACUAGUCUGCACCUUCCUGAUCCCCAAAUCCCACCAUUACUGCCCAAGAGGUCAAAAAAAACCCUCAAUAACAGCUCCUACUCCUGUGUGUUUUAACCUAAGUUUAUCCAACAAAAUAAAUGGCAUGUAUGUUUUCUAA